GCACAGAUACGCGAAGAAGUGACUCCUCUCGCAACCGGAAGCGCUGCAGCGUGUGAACACGUCAGUACGUCAGUACGGAUGAACUCAUGAAUGAAGCAGGCCGAGAAGUUUCAGGUCAGAAACACUCGGGAUUUGUCCGGAUCCUGGACGUUGAUCGUUUGAUUUCUGUCCGAAGGCUUCCUCGAUACAUGUCCGGCGCCGGAGCUCGUCUGGAGAAGUCUCUCAGCGGCUGUUUCAGGGAGUUCUGAAGCCUCAUAAUGCCUCUGUUUCUAUGGAGUUUGUGUUGGUGUGCGGCGCUGUGUGUCCUGCCGUCUGUGCUGGCGGACGCUGACGAUGCUUCGCUGCUGGGAGGCUGGCAGGACGUGUGGCUCUUCCGCUUGUUCCUCAAUGUUUUGAGCUACGCCACCAUCAUCAUCCCUGGAUAUUUUCUCAUCAGCUACUUCAAACGAAUCAAUUAUCUAGAAACAGGUCGUGGGCUUUGUUUUCCUGUCAUAAAGACGUGUGUGUUUGGGAAUGAAUCGAAGACUGGACUGCUGGAUGACGCUUCAUCGGCGGCUAGAAACAAGUCUGAAUCCAGUUCAUCUGCUCGGCAGGCCGUCAAACUCUUCUUCUGUGCUGCUGGACUCCAGGUGUCGUACCUGACCUGGGGAGUUCUUCAGGAGCGGGUGAUGACGCGCUCGUACGGUGCGACCGAGGUGAAAGGCAGCGGCGAGCGUUUCAGAGACUCUCAGUUUCUGGUGUUCAUGAACCGCAUCCUGGCGCUGACGGUGUCCGGUCUGUGGUGUGUCCUGUUCAAACAGCCCCGUCACGGUGCGCCCAUGUACAAAUACUCCUUCGCUUCACUGUCCAACAUCCUCAGCAGCUGGUGCCAGUAUGAAGCGCUCAAAUACAUCAGCUUUCCCACACAGGUUCUGGCCAAGGCCUCUAAGGUGAUCCCCGUGAUGCUGAUGGGCAAGAUCGUGUCGCGCAAGAGCUACGAGUACUGGGAGUACUUGACGGCCGUCCUGAUCUCACUGGGCGUCAGCAUGUUCCUGCUCUCCAGCUCCAGCAGCAAACACCCCUCCACCGUCACCACCUUCUCCGGCGUGGUCAUCCUCGGCGGAUACAUCGUCUUCGACAGCUUCACCUCCAACUGGCAGGACAACCUGUUCAAGUACAAGAUGUCGUCGGUGCAGAUGAUGUUCGGCGUCAAUCUCUUCUCGUGUCUCUUCACGGUGGGCUCUCUGCUGGAGCAGGGCGCCUUCUUCGACUCGCUGGCCUUCAUGAUGCGUCACUCGGAGUUCGUGAUGCACGCCGUGCUGCUGUCGGUUUGCUCCGCCUGCGGGCAGCUCUUCAUCUUCUACACCAUCUCUCAGUUCGGCGCGGCCGUCUUCACCAUCAUCAUGACUCUGCGGCAGGCCAUUGCCAUCCUCCUGUCCUGCUUCCUCUACAGUCAUGCCGUCUCCCUGGUGGGCGGCUUGGGUGUGGGUGUAGUCUUCCUCGCGCUCUUCCUCCGCAUCUACGCCCGCAGCCGCGUGAAGAAGAGCAGCAAGCGGCCGCCGCAGACGCCCGUUCAGAAGGUUUAAUCCAGUGUACAGAAGCCACAUUUUCGUGGUUUGUUCGUCUUUUUUUGUUUGCUGCAGAACUGUGGGUUUGUUUCGUACGGUCGGAUGCUACAGAAAGGGAUUUCUCUUUAUCUUAAAGGGAUUUUGCGUGCGUGUCGUGUGUUUGUGUGUGUGUGUGUGUGUGUGUGUGUGUGUGUGUGUGUGUGUGUGUGUGAGAGAAAUGACUUCACGAUCCAUCGAGCGAACACGGACUUUGAUAGCCUUUGAUAUCUUUGUAAUUUGGUACUAAAUUCGUUCAGUUUUUCUAUUUAAAGUUUGCUUUAAGAAGUUGUUCGAGAGGAAAAUGAACUGUUGUUUAGCAGUGUUAGUUCACCCAUCGUUCUGUUCACAUUAUAUCUGGGUCAUAUUCACUCCAAAGUCCAAAGGAAAAUAUGAAAUUAAUAAACAAAAACACAAUAAGAAAUAGAAAAGACCAUGUGGCCUUUUUUUAAAAAACAUUAUAUUUUUUGACAUUAUUUUCAUCAAAACUGAACACAUU